UUGUACCAUAGCUUGCGCGAAAGCUACUUCUAUAAUUUGCCGGACUGCGCGAUUACCUGCAAAGUUGUUUGGGAUGACGAUGAGAGCUUCUAGGGCUCUCCACGCGACGUGUUUCGUCCCUGCUAUCAUGGAACAAACUGGAACUUAAAGAGGUGAUCCUGGCAUGGAGGCACAGAACUGCAUCGCUUGUUUAAAGAGUGGACCGCAAGGAGCUAGAGUCACGAUUUGGGACGGCCAAAAGCUUGGUCGCUUGAAUCCUGCCGAGAAGGAAGAUAUGAGAAGAGUGAUCGACGAUAUGGGAAGGCUGUCAGCGCAGGCACAGAAGUUGAAAGUUCCCAUCACAGACUACGAGCGCAUUCGUCUGGGUUCGCAGGCUCUAUACCUCCUCACGAGCAGCGGGCCGAGCAAAGACGUGAUCCUCGUCAAGGGGCUGCUCAAAGUUGGGCAGAAGAACUUGUUCAUCCGGAAGGAGUGCGGUGCUCUCGUGGAGAUCAAUCCAUUGUGCGUGCUGGAUUUCUAUGUCCACGUUUCGUGCCAAAGGUCAUAGAACAGAAUCGGUCUUGGUCGGCAGAUUUUCGACGCCAUGCUUGUUCAUACGAAGAAACUUGCGUACCAGAUCGGUUACGAUCGACCAUCACAAAAACUUCUCUCGUUCCUCGCUAAGCAUUACAACCUGAAAAGAUUUUAUCCUCAGGCUAAUCAGUUUGUGAUCUACAACGCAUACUUUGACAGUUCAUGUCCGGAUGACAUGAGGGUCCAGAGCCGAGUUUGCGAUUGCAUCCGAGGCAACCAGAAGUCCUGCGCAGUGGCCUUACUCGAUUCUCCAAGAGCCAAGGAGAUAUAUCACGGCCGCCGCGUAAACAAGACACCAGAACCAGACAUAGACAUCGAGCCAGCUCCACUUCCGGUCUCUGCCAAAUACACCGAGAGCUCGAGUGACGACAAGGCCAGGGAUCGUCCCACAACGCCGUCCAUUCCACUCCGGAGGAGAUCGGUGUUGCAAGAGGACGAAGUUAGAGUCGUUCCUUCGGUGACACAGGUAUUCUCCGAGCUCCAAGGCAUGGACAACCAUUACGACUGGAUGACCGGCACGAAGAAACCACUGUUGAAGCCGGCGAGAUCGGUGGCCUGGAAAGGAGUGGAGUUUCCAAGCCAGGAUUUGUCAAGCACGGGGCUGAUGGACCGUGGCAAGCUGAAGUCUAGCAGCGACGUAUAUGAUUCUUUGCGGCUGGGAUCAGCGAAGUCGCCAGUGCCAGAGCGCUUGAGGCGAAGCAAGAGCCCAAAGUCGAGCCACCGAGCACAGCUAUCGGGAUUUGGUGCCGCUGCUGCUUUGGGAUUCAACCAGAGAUGACAAAGAAGAACUGGUUUCAGAGUUCUUUCGUGCUCUCUAGACCCCUAGAUUGAUUUCCAGGUGAGGAAUGUUGUUUCUUGAAUGUUCGUGAUCAUCUGUUUCUUUCAUUCACAGGUAUGAAAGAACGGGUGUUCUGAAUGCCUCGUCAGGAUCCUUUCAGAGUUAACUGUGAUAUAAAUCUAGGCGAUCAAAGGUUCUGUGGGUU